AUGUCCUUCUUCGGUAGGGUGAAAAACCUGUUCCGAAGUUCCGCUGUUGAAGAGACACGUCGGUCUUUACUUAAGGUUAAUGUCAAUCCUAAAGAUUUCUGGGAAAUAGUUGGGGACCUUGGAGAUGGUGCCUUUGGUAAAGUUGAAAAAGCGGUUUCGAAAGCAGACCAAUCUUUAUUUGCGGCAGCUAAGGCUAUUGAGGUUCAAGAAGGUGAGGAGUUGAAGGAUUUCCUAGUUGAAAUCGAUAUUUUGACGUCGUGCAAGCAUGCCAAUAUCGUGAACUUAUAUGCUUGUUACUUUUUUGAAAAUAAGUUACACAUGUUGUUGGAAUUCUGUGGUGGCGGAGCUGUCGACGCGAUCAUGAUUGAAUUAGAGAAACCUCUAACCGAAAAGCAGAUCGCCUAUGUUGCAAGGUACACAUGUGAAGCAGUCGCUUUUCUUCAUGACAACAACGUUAUUCAUCGUGAUCUAAAAGCCGGAAACAUUCUCCUCACUAGUGAUGGAGUAGUCAAAUUGGCUGACUUCGGAGUUUCCGCAAAAUUGAAGGAUCGCAAUGAGAAAAGAGAUACGUUUAUUGGGACACCUUACUGGAUGGCUCCUGAAGUGAUGAUGUGUGAAACAUUCAAAGAUCAGCCAUAUGGAACGAGAUCGGAUAUUUGGUCUUUAGGUAUCACGCUCAUUGAAAUGGCUCAAAUGGAGCCACCCCAUGCCAACGUAUCACCAAUGCGAGUUCUGAUAAAGGUUCAGAAGUCAGCACCACCAACGCUUGACAAUCCUUCCAGUUGGUCUGUAUUUUUCGCUGAUUUUCUCAGUCAGUGUUUGGUAAAAAAUCCAGCUGAUCGAAAAACAGCCAAACAAAUAUUAUCGCAUCCCUUCAUAGCAAAUGCGACCGAUCCUCAUCCUGUCCUGGCGUUAUUAGCUGAGGUGAAUGCGGAUAUCGAAGAAGAGGUCGUCGUUGAUGAGGAUCAUGCGAGUUGCGGUGGAAGUUGUGCUGAUUCUGAGGAUCACUGAUAUGAGGUUAAUCCACCCAUUGUGUCCCGAUUAGCCCUCAGUGUUCGCCGUAGCCCUCAAUGGUGA